UUUAUUUAUUCCUUGCAGGUUUGCAUACUCCAAGAGUACGCAUAUAGAGAGGUCAAAGGAUAAUCCAGGAGUUCGUUCUUGAUUCCUUAUUUCCACCAUGAGGACCCUGCAAUCAAACUCCGAUGUGGUCAGGCUUGGCAGUAAGGGCCUUUAUGACACCUGCCAGCCUGAGAUGACUUAUUUUAUUACCCAGGGUCUCACUAUGUAGCUCCAGCUGGCCUGAUAUUCACUAAACAGGAUGACCUAGAACUCACAGAGAUCUGCCUCCCACUGUCUCCCAAGUGCUGGGGAUUAAAGGCACGAGCCACCACACCUGGUCCCAGCUGACAAACUUUGUAUUUUUCAUAGUGUAAGAAUAUGAAAAUAGCUGAACGCUUUUAAUCCCAGCACUCGGGAGGCUGAGGUAGGCAGAUCUAUGAGUUUGAGGCAGUCUGGUCUAUAGAGUGAGUUCCAGGACAGACAAGGCUACACAGAGAAACCUGUCUUGAAAAACCAAAAAGAAAAAAAAAAAAAGAAUAUAUGUAAACACACAUACAUGUACACCCACAUAUAGUAGCACUUCCCUUGCAUGCUCACUUGAAAAGAGUUGGCUUAAAUGUAGCCCCUCAAUUUAGCAUAUCCGGCAGGUGUAGGCAGGUGACUCCCACACUUGGUGCAUCCACCUGGCCACUUCUCCCUUCCCUCCCCCACACCCCUGGGGAUCCUCGGCUGGCCAAAUGUUACCGUGCGCAAGCGCACAUAGUGACAGGAAGCGUGGCCUCGCUCUGCGCCUGUGCUGAAUUCCAGCUGCAAUUGCUAAGAGAGAAAAUGAUGCCCAGGAUGGGCUCUGCCGCCCGCCGGCUGCGGAGAGGCCCACACUGCACACGCGCAGACCCAGCGCCCGCGUCAAAACAUCAGUCGACAGCGCGUUCCCCAUGUCCUGCGCCUCCGGCUGGCAGGAGUUCCUCUCAGUCGUGACCCCCGCCGCCAGGCCGGGGCGGACGAGCUAGGUCUGAUCGGCGAUGCCCCGGGAGAUCAUCACCCUGCAGCUGGGCCAGUGCGGCAACCAGAGCAGAUGAUGAGCACUACAUCCCCCGGGCUGUGCUGCUGGACCUGGAGCCCCGGGUGAUCCAUUCCAUCCUCAACUCCUCCUAUGCUAAGCUCUACAACCCGGAGAACAUCUACCUGUCGGAGCAUGGCGGAGGAGCUGGCAACAACUGGGGCAGAGGAUUCUCCCAGGGUGAGAAAAUUCACGAGGACAUCUUUGACAUUAUAGACCGAGAAGCAGAUGGAAGUGACAGUCUAGAGGGAUUUGUGCUAUGUCACUCCAUUGCUGGGGGGACAGGUUCUGGUCUGGGCUCCUACCUCUUAGAGCGACUGAACGACAGGUACCCCAAGAAAUUGGUGCAGACAUACUCAGUGUUUCCCAACCAGGACGAGAUGAGUGAUGUAGUGGUCCAGCCCUACAACUCCCUCCUCACACUAAAGAGGCUGACCCAGAAUGCGGACUGCGUGGUGGUGCUGGACAACACAGCCCUGAACCGGAUCGCCACAGACCGCCUACACAUCCAGAACCCAUCCUUCUCCCAGAUCAACCAGCUGGUGUCCACCAUCAUGUCAGCCAGCACCACCACCCUGCGCUACCCUGGAUACAUGAACAAUGACCUCAUCGGCCUCAUCGCCUCGCUCAUUCCCACCCCUCGGCUCCACUUCCUCAUGACUGGCUACACCCCCCUCACCACGGACCAGUCAGUGGCCAGUGUGAGGAAGACAACAGUCCUGGAUGUCAUGAGGCGCCUGCUACAGCCCAAGAAUGUGAUGGUGUCCACAGGUCGGGAUCGUCAGACCAACCACUGCUACAUCGCCAUCCUCAACAUCAUCCAGGGAGAGGUAGACCCCACCCAGGUCCACAAGAGCCUGCAGAGGAUCCGGGAAAGGAAACUGGCCAACUUCAUUCCCUGGGGCCCAGCCAGCAUCCAGGUGGCCCUGUCAAGGAAGUCUCCCUACCUGCCCUCAGCCCACCGGGUCAGCGGGCUCAUGAUGGCCAACCACACCAGUAUCUCCUCGCUUUUUGAAAGUUCCUGCCAGCAGUAUGACAAACUGUGGAAGCGGGGGGCCUUCCUGGAACAGUUUCGCAAGGAGGACAUCUUCAAGGACAACUUUGAGGAGAUGCACAGAUCGAGGGAGGUGGUGCAGGAACUCAUUGACGAGUACCACGCGGCCACCCGGCCGGACUACAUCUCCUGGGGUACCCAGGAGCAGUGACUCUACUCUCUGCUGUCCCCUGGACAAGAAGCACAGUCCCCACCACGCCCAGACCCUCUGACCCAACUUCGCCUCACAUUUUUGUGUUCAUGUGCAAUUUAGGAACUGUUCCUGUCUUCCUUUUCACCCCUGGCGCUUGGCUGGCUUGGUUAAGUUCUAAUAAAUAAAGCGUGAUGAUGCAUUGA